AUGUCGCGUGUACGCUUAGCCGCAAUCCGCAACGGCCGCUUUAAAAAUGGCGUCUGUCUAUCAUGCAUCGCGGGGCUUCUUUUUUCCCUGGUCUUUUUGCUUUGGUUUGGGAUGAAUUCGGACAGAGAUAAUGUCCAUCCGUUGCUCACACAGGUUAUUCCAGCGGGCCAUUGCACAUGCCAAACAUCAACAACGUUCAAUUGCUCAGAGUCACUAGCGGCAUUACGCUCUUCUCAGCCAACUACUCUAGGUUCAUCAACAGAUUGGAAGUUCGAAUUCGAUCGGGAUAAAGCAAAUGUGAACCUGAGUCCUUUGCAGUGUAAAGCUGCAUUCCCAGGACUCUUUGAAGACCCGUACCGGGCAGCGGCCUUCUGGGAACCCCGGCUCGGCAUACAUACUGAGCAGUUAGAUCGUAUCGAACUCAAAAAUGGCAUGGCCCGGGCCAUUAUACAUCAUGGCGAGCUUUAUAUAGUUGCCGCAAGGGCAGCACAAGAAGAUCACAGAAAGAAGAUACUAGCAGUCCUAAGUUCCAUGCAUCAUGCCUUGUCAGCAACAGCAGUGAAUGGAACACUACCUAGCAUUGAGUUUAUAUUCUCCAUUGAAGACAGAGUCGACGACGUUUCUGGAGUAGGACAUCCUCUUUGGGCAUUGGCCAGGAAAGCGUCGGAACAGUCAAUAUGGUUGAUACCUGAUUUUGGGUUUUGGGCAUGGGAUAAUGCAGCAAAUGCCAUUGGCCCCUAUAACCAAGUUGUUGACCGGAUACAACGACAAGAAGUUACCGUCCCAUGGUCAUCAAAGCUGGACAAGCUCGUCUGGAGGGGAAAGUUGAGCUUUGCGCCAAAAUUAAGGCGGAAUUUACUUGAUAUAGCCCGUGGUACAACCUGGGGUGACGUCAAGGAGAUCGUAUGGAGCGAAAAGCAGAACUUUAUCAGUAUGGAUGACCAUUGCAAGUACAAGUUCAUCGCCCAUGUUGAAGGCCGAGCAUACUCCUCUUCUCUGAAAUAUCGACAGGCAUGUCGCUCUGUCGUCGUUGCACAUAAGCUCCAAUUCAUCCAACACCACCACUACCUUCUUCAAUCGACAGGACCAUACCAGAACUUCGUCGAGGUAGAGCGUGACUUCUCAGAUCUGCCGGAAAAAAUGGAACAUCUACUAGCCAACGAAGACUUCGCCGAACGAAUUGCAAAUAAUAACGUCAAAACAUUCAGGGAACGCUAUCUCACCAAGGCUGCGGAGGCAUGCUAUUGGCGAGAACUCUGGGCAAGUUGGGCGGGUGUAUUUAAUGCCGUUAUAACUGAUAACUUUGCGGAUAGGGGAUUACGAUUCGAGUCUUUCUUGCUGCUUGAGAGCCAGAAGAUGAUGGCGUAUUCGCAUUCUAAUGCCCAUGAUGUAUAG